CAAAUAGAUUCGGUCAUUGCCACAUCCAACGACAAUGCCAACAGUCCUCAUCGUCGGUGCCACCCGCGGUCUUGGCGACGCGCUCGCGUCUGCGUACUCCGAUGCAGGACACACUGUCUAUGCCACGUCGCGUUCCGACACCCCACCAACCACUGGAGCUUCGGAUGUGACAUGGAUCCCCUCAAUCGACAUCGCCUCUGAAUCUGCCGGCGAAGCGCUUGCCGCAGCGAUUCCCGUGCACGACGUGAUCGAUAUCCUCGUGGUGACUGCGGGGUACUUCGUUAGCGAGACCUUCGACGAACCCAAAUGGAGCGAGGAAGUCAAGAUGUAUACGACGUGCGCGAUCGGGCCGCUCUUCGUUGUGCAGGGACUCGUCGCCGCAGGCAAGAUCCGAACCGCGAUUGGCUCUGCAGACAAAGGAGGGAAGGUCGUCCUGGUCAGCUCCGAGUCGGGAUCGAUUGCACUGCGACACGAGAAGGAGGGCGGUGGGAAUUACGCGCACCACGCCAGCAAAUCUGCCUUGAACAUGGUGGGAAAACUCCUCAGUCUCGACUUGAAGGAUCGGGGGAUCUCCGUUGCGCUUGUUCACCCUGGGUUCAUGCGCACCGAAUUAACACGCAACGUGGGAUAUGAUCAGUACUGGGAGUCUGGCGGUGCUGUAUCGCCACAAGAGGCAGCAUCCUCACUGAUCUCCUUCAUCGACACAUUCACUAUCGAGCAAACAGGCGAGUAUUGGGCUCCCCGGGGUGCAAGGGAUAUUGGGACGGCACCCGAUGUACUUGGCCCCGAUGUCGCUGCCAAUGAGCCACUGCAGCUGCCGUGGUGAUAGCACGGAUUUGUCUUCCGCCUGCAUACAUAUCCAUUUCCCAGUGUGUACAAGUAUCUUUUUCACUUAUUUGAAAUGCAAUCCUAUAUCUAUCAACUUCAAG